AUGAGGAAACCGGAAGGCAAAUUCAACAGGGUGAAGCUGAGGAAAGGGUCGUGGUCGCCGGAAGAAGACGAGAAGCUGAUCAAGUACAUGCUGAGCGACGGCCAAGGGUGUUGGACCGACAUUGCUCGGAAUGCCUGUCUGCAGCGGUGCGGCAAGAGUUGUCGUCUUCGUUGGAUUAAUUACCUGAGGCCUGACCUCCGGCGUGGUGCCUUUUGUCCUCAAGAGGAACGCCUCAUCCUUCAUUUGCGUUCCAUCCUCGGCAACAGAUAUUUGUUAGUGGUCUCAAAUAGCAGCUCGUCUUUCGGGAAGAACAGACAACGAAAUAAAGAAUUUCUGGAACUUGAUACUGAAGAAGAGAUUGAAAAACGCCACCACACUACAACAAAACAGGUGGUGGCCACCACCUCCACAUCUUCAUCGCUAAACAACACUGAUUCAACACCAAAGCCAAUAAGAGGAGGAACCAUUUUCCCUGUACUGCAUGCAUGA